UUCAAAGCGCGCCGCUGCUCCUAAAUUAAACCGGACGAUGCAUUUAAAUACAUUCCCUUAAAAAAGGUCUUAUCUGCUUAGUAAAGUUUAAAAUCUGACAUUUUUUUUUGUUUUUAAGGGUGCGAUAAAAAAAUGACUAAAAAGAUAGUGGUGGAGAGGGGCGGGGCUUCCGUUCAGGUGAGGAAGUUGAAGACGCAGGUGAGCGACGUUGAGCAGAAAAGUUGCUCAGAUCAAUGCCAGUUUUAAAUAAUCGCUGUCAGAGAUGAUAGCGGCCCACCCGCUCUCAACCUAGUCAUAUUUUCACUUGAGAGAAGAGAAGAGGACUCCAAUCAUGGUGAACUGCGGAGUGUGCUGCGCCAACCUCAAAGACAACAAAACCCUGAUGAAGAUGGGCUUGGCGCUGGUGCUAGUAGGCCAUGUCAAUUUUCUACUUGGAGCUCUGGUGCACGGCGCAGUGCUCAGGCACAUCAGUGUGCACACCGAGGCCCGCAUCAUGGUGUACGCCAUCACGAACGUCAUUGCCAUCGUGGCGGGCUUGAUGGGAAUUAUUGGUGGAAUAAUUGCAAUUGUCCUGUCCAAAAACAAGAAAAGCAGGAUUUUGAAAUGGGUCCUGCUGGUGUUCAGUUUCCUAGCAGGUCUCCUGGCCGUCGCCUCCACUUUGGGCCUGCUAGCUUCCAUGAUCACUGCCAUUAUUCACAAAGGACGAAGCCUGCUGACACACUGCACUCUCCUCAAACACGAGGUUGGAUCUUCCAGUGUCACCUAUGAGUGCCCCUUUGACCCCACCCGCAUUUAUAGCACCACAAUCAUUCUGUGGGUGCCACUCAUCUUGAUGUCCGUGGUGGAAAUUGUGUUCUCUUUCCGCUGUUUCGCGGCCUGUACGUCGUUCCUGUACCUUUGUCCGUGCAGGCAGAGGCCCACGAUAGCAAAAAGGGUCCGCAUGCAGAGGGCUGUUGAAAUUGCCCAAUCGCCUCCAUCUGAGCACCCGACUGAGCGCGAUAGCGAGGACGUGGAGCGAGAUGUGCUGCUGGACAGCGGUGCUGCAGCAGAACAGAGCCACUGGCUCUGAGCACACGGAGAUUGUUACUAUAUACAGUGAAGAAAAUAAGUAUUUGAACACCCUGCUAUAGUGCAAGUUCUCCCAUUUCGAAAUCAUUGAGGGGUCUGAAAUUUUCAUUAUAGGUCAUCAUCUCAAAAGAAAAUUUCAGAAAUCACAAUGUAUCAUUUUUUUUUUUUUUAACAAUGUGUUUGACACAGCUGCAGUUAAGUAUUUCAACACCUGAGAAAACCAAUGUUAAUAUUUGGUACAUUAGCCUUUGUUUGCAAUUACAGAGGUCAAUUGUUUCCUGUAGUUCACCAGAUUUGCACAACACUGCAAGAGGGAUUUUGGCCCACUCCUCCACACAGAUCUUCUCUAGAUCAGACAGGUUUCUGGGCUGUCGCUGAGAAACACGGACCCAUCUUCAAUGCUUUGACUGAGGGAAAGAGGUUGUUCUCCAAAAUCUCACAAUACGCGGCCGCGGUCAUCCUCUCCUUAAUACAGUGCAGUCGUCCUGUCCUAUGUACAGAAAAGCACCCCCAAGGCAUGAUGCUACCACCCCCAUGCUUCACAGUAGGGAUGGUGUUCUUGGGAUGGAACUCAUCAUUCGUCUUCCUCCAAACAUGGUUAGUGGAAUUAUGACCAAAUAGUUCAAUUUUGGUCUCAUCUGACAGCCCUUUCUCUUUCUCCAUGACUCCUUUAUUAUCCAAAUUGUCAUGAGCAAACUUAAGACGGGCCUUGACAUGUGCUGAUUUAAGCAGGGGAACCUUCCGUGCCAUGCAUGAUUUCAAACCAUGAUGUCUUAGUGUAUUACCAACAGUCACGUGAGAAACGGUGGUCGCAUCUCUUUUCAGGUCAUUGACCAAGUCCUGUCGUGUAGUCCUGGGCUGAUUCCUCACCUUUCUAAGGAUCAUUCAGACCCCAACAAAGGGAUAUCUUGCAUGGGGCUCCACUCCGAUUGAGAUUGACUGUCAUGUUAAGCUUCUUCCAUUUUCUAAUGAUUGCUCCAACAGUGGACCUUUUUUCACCAAGCUGCUUGGCUAUUUCUCCGUAGCCCUUUCCAGCCGUGUGGAGUUGUACAAUUUUGUCUUUGGUGUCUUUGGAUAGCUCUUUGACCUUGGCCGUGUUACAAGUUUGAGUCUUACUGAUUGUAUGGGGUGGACAGGUGUCUUUAUGCAGCUAACGACCUCACACAGGUGCAUUUGAUUCAGGAUAAUACAUGGAGUGGAGGUGGACCUUUAAAGGCAGGUCUUAGAGGGUCAGAAUUCUAGCUGAUAGGUGUUCAAAUACUUAUUUACAGCAGUAUCACACAAAUUGUUAAAAAAUCAUACAUUGUGAUUUCUGGAUUUUUCUUUUUAGGAUAUCUCUCUCACAGUGGACAUGCACCUACGAUGAAAAUUUCAGACGCCUUCAUGAUUUCUAAGUGGGAGAACUAGCAAUAUAGCAGGGUGUUCAAAUACUUUUUUUCUUCACUCUACACAUGAGCCUAACAUUUUGAGUGGUAGACAUUUGUCUUUAAUAUCUUUACUACAUAUAGCUUUUUAUACUUGUUAAAACACUGCCAUUUCAUGUAAUUAUCAUAUUGCGUAUUAAAAAUGUUAAU